AGGUGUUUACAAGUCCCAUGUCAACACUAACCGACUGGGGAUCCAAUGUUUAUAUCCUAGAAGUAGAAUUUUACUUUAUAUCUUAAUACCAUGUUCCUUAAAUUAUAAAUCUUCCAGCGUUUAGAAAUUCAGGGUAUCGUAAUACAGAAAUGGCCUUACAAAGUGAAACAAUGAAGGGGAAACUUGCCUUGGUCUCCAAGAAAUCGAAGUGUGAAGUGAUGUUGAGUUAUGAUCAAGAGGACACAGAAGUUGUCAAAAAAUUAAAAGAAAUGAUUAGUAAGAAAGGAAUUCACGUCUGGAUGGCAGAUACAGAUAUAACAGCAGGCACGGAUAUCUUCAAUGCUAUCGGUAGAAUCAUAGUAGAUUGUAAGAUAUUCGUCUUCAUCAUGAGCCCUGCCUCAGUCAGUUCCAAACUAUGUCAGGAUCAGCUGGCUUUGGCAUAUGUGUCCAAAAAGAAUAUUUACCCUGUACAGCUGAGUGACAGAGAAGAGUUACUUAAUCAUAUGGACAAUGGAAUGAAACUUCAGCUUGCUGGUUUUGAAUGGUUUUCAUUGUGUAACAAUACUGAAAGUGAAAGUAAAGAAUUAGUGGAUAAAGUCUGUGAAGAAGUUCAAAGUGAGCUUGAGGCAGAGAAGGCAGAUGGCAGUAAGCCAGACCUGAUGAAAUCUAUGAAAAGACAGAAAACUUUAACUAACUUGAAUAAGAGUCUGUCAAAAACAAAGAUUUCCAGAAUUUAUCUUGAAGAUGCCAGUACAUACUGGAAUCAGUGUUUUGGGAAAGAAACAGCUAUCAGUUGGGAAAAAUUUAGGAAUCAAAUUCUGAAAGAUUUUAAGGAUGAUUUUGAGGAGACGUUUGGCGAAAAAGACACUGAAUGGCUCUUAUCAAUUCUCCGACGAGAGAUGCUGAUGGACACAGGUGACACCAUGCUGAAAAAGGAAAACUAUCUAGCGUUUUGCACUGUUGACGAAGUUAUAAAUCCGCUAUGGUUCAGAAUCCAAGAACAAGCGAGAGAGAGUUACGCAAUGAGGGAAGUUUUCAGUAUGGAAUCAUCUGUCAGGGUCCAGGCCAUUGAAAAUUUAGGCAAAUACAAAAGCGCAACAGUGAUAGAGGCUUUACUGGACCUGCUAACAGACAGCGAUGUUAACAUACAAGCUGUGGCCAUCAUCUCUCUAGCGAGAACAGGGUCCAAUGAUAUCAAAACUAUCGUCAACCUUAAGAAGUGUCUGAAAUCCAAAGACCGGGUGGUGAGGGAGGCGGCCUGCCUGGCCCUGGGGCAUGUCAAGGCCACUCAGGCCGUGGAGGCAUUGGUUAAUCUGUGGAGAAACGAUAUUAUCUCCAAUGUGAGAGAGGCAGCUCUUGUUGCUCUGAAAAACAUCGGGGGAGAGAAGGCCGCUGAGGCUAUUAGAGUCACCACAGUUCUGGAGAGAGAAAUCCGGGCUCUAAAGGCAUAGUCACAACCCACAGUCUUUCAUUGAAUGAAAUCUCCAAAAAAUUAGAUAUUACAUACAAUAUCUAUUAAAAACAUUACUGGAGCGAUAAGUUUGGUAUAAUACCAUACGACACUGUGACACAAGGUUUAACCAGUC